AUGGACGACUCGGAACAGCAGCCCGUCCCGGAGCCGGCCGAGAUGGCCUACUUCGGCCCCACCUCCCUCACCUACCUCCCCGUUCUCCAGUGGCUAGCUGAUAAUUUCUAUUUGUGUGGAGGAUGCACUGUACCCUGUCGGCUACUAUAUGAGCUGUAUAUUGAAACCUGCAAUCCAGAUUUCAAGAUUCAAGUACAUCCAUCCACCUUUGGAAAGCUUAUACAAUUAGUUUUCCCAGGCCUGGUGACAAGAAAGCGGACCACAGCAGGGAGUAUCAGAUAUCAUUAUGAUGGAAUAGCUAUCAAGAAGGAGUCUUCCUUUUAUGCACGUUUUUGCUGUCUUCUGUAUGAACAAAAUUAUCUCAGGCACUGCUCUCCGGGGGAAGUGAGCAUCUCUGAUGUGCAGCCAAGCACCAGCAGAAGUUCCUGGAGUUCUGAAAAUGCAGCUGAUUACAAGAAGAAUAGACAAAAAAAAGGAACAAGUAAGAAUUUGCAGUAUUAUCCAUCUGUGAUUUAUCUGAAGACUGAACAAGAAAUAUUUCAUUACCUUUCUCCUGAUUUCAACCAGUUCUUCUUUGGAGAGCAAGCACAAAAUGAGACAUACCCCUAUGAAAUGAUUGCACUGCUUGCCAAUGACUACUACAACUACUGUCAAGUUAUUUUACAAAUGGUGAGAGAGACCAAGCUUGACAAGGUGGAAGAUUGUAUCAUGUCAUUCUGGACAUCUCUGCAGCCUGAAAGAAUAGAAUUGAUGUGCCUGCCAGAUGUGUGCCAGCUGUUACAAAGCUAUGAUAGGUAUCUAUUCAAGGAAUUGGAGAACAUCCUACUUCCUGAUUUCCUGGAGGAGGUGCCUGCACAACACAUAGAUUCAAUCAGAUCAUUCAGCGAAAAUGUUAAAUGUUGGAUGCUUAAUCCUUUGGGAGGUUUUCCUUUACUGCUACAAACAUCCAAGUCUAAUGAAGUUAAAGAGUUUGUAAAAAGGCUCAGGAGACAGACAGACCUUUGCAACAUGGUCAAGACAGUAAGAGCACUCUUGAGCAACAACAGCACAGUCACUGUUCUGCGAUCAGGCUUGCAUGCCAUCUUCAAUGAGAAAUCUCUGGAUCUGACUAAAGACCUCUUUCAAGAGAAGUUCAGGAAUCCAAAGAAGCGGCAGAAAAACAUACAAUUGAAAUGUUUGAAAAACUUCAUUUCUUUACUGACAUCUUCCACAGAUAUUCGGGAUCUCCUGAGCUGUUUAUCUUCAGAUCUCCAGACUUCUGUUAUCAAGCCAAGCAAGAGUAAAGAGGCAUUUAAAGUGCAGGCAUCAGAUUUCAUGUUGAAAUGGAACCUCCUACUGAGCAAUGUAGGCAAGAUUCUGACCAUCAACAGGACAGACAGUUUUGGAUCCUGGCUUUUGUUGAAUAUGCUACUUGUUGAUUUUGCGGCUCACAUUUUCCAGUCCUAUAUAGAAGAGGAGAAGGAGGAAGGAAAUGCCUUGGUUUCAAAGCAAAAUGAGGUCCCUGUUCUGUGUGUUUAUGAGCCCAGCCAUCUCUCAGCCUGUUUUGCUGAGGAGGAACCUGAAGCCAAUGAUCCACAGACAGCUCUUGUGAUGCAGAACCAGAAUAACUUUGGAUUAAGCAGUGCUUUCCAGAGUUCUGAGUUGUUCGGUGAACACAGCCACUGUCAGCAAGCACAUCCAGGUAAUUUAGGAAGAGAAAAUUAUUAUAUCAUGUACUAA